CAAGGGGCCAGGCCUCUGGCUACUACACUGGGUCCUCUUUUGUAUCGUGGCCCUAUGACCAGCCCCAGCAAAGUGGGGUCCUUGGUAGGUGCCCCUAGAGGCCGCCAUCUUGGGCAGACUCUGUUGGACGUUUCCCCCCUCUGGAGUGAUGGACGCUGACCCCUGACCUUUUCCUUGUCCCUCCUCUUGUCGUCCUCCAGAUCUGGUGGUUGGAUCCUGAGCUGACCUACAGUAAUUCCAAGCCAUUCGUCUUCACCCAGGGCCACUCUGUGUGCAACCGCUCCUUCUUCCCCUGUUUCGACACACCCGCGGUGAAGUGCACUUACUCAGCAACGGUCAAGGCUCCUGCUGGGGUCCAGGUGCUGAUGAGCGCCACCCAAAGUGCCUACCUGGAGAAGGAGGGCGUGUACCAGUUUCACAUGGAAUACCCAGUGCCUGCCUACUUGGUGGCGCUGGUAGCAGGAGAGCUCGUGCCAGCAGACAUUGGGCCCAGGAGCAGAGUAUGGGCUGAACCAUGUCUUUUGUCAACUGCCACAAGCAAACUGUCGGGGCUGGUGGAACAGUGGUUGAGUGUCGCUGAGAAACUCUACGGGCCCUACCUGUGGGGCAGGUAUGACAUUGUCUUCCUCCCACCUUCCUUCCCCAUCGUGGCGAUGGAGAACCCCUGCCUGACCUUCAUCAUCUCCUCCAUCCUGGAGAGUGACGAAUUCCUCAUCAUUGACAUCAUCCAUGAAGUGGCCCACAGCUGGUUCGGCAAUGCGGUCACCAACGCCACAUGGGAGGAGAUGUGGCUGAGUGAGGGGCUGGCCACCUAUGCCCAGCGCCGCAUCACCACAGAGACCUAUGUGAACCAGAGACAACAGCUUUGCCAGGAAGAAGACGGCCUUCGUCUCCUCGAGGCGUCCGCCGUGCCUGCACGCUGA